GAUUGGUAUUUGUGUGCAAUUAAUAAAUUAGGUACGUAGUUAUUUGAAUAAUGUAUCUGCUGGUUAUUUACGAGUGGUUUGAGGUGCAUAAGGUGAUUUUUUGCUUGCACAAGAAUGCGUUUAUAUAUACCAGCAUUAAUUAAGUAGUUUUACCUGUUAUGAGAUAUACUAUGAUUGAUUUAAUUAGUUUAUGAAGAAUUAUGAUUUUAUUGGAUUAAAUGGAUUCAGGGUAGGGUAAUUCUUGUUAAACACAGAUUCUGUACAGUUCUGUGAAUAAAGUAAAACGACAAACUUUAAUUUGGAUUUCAGAUGAAUAAGAAUUAAGCAUUGAUUAGAAUCAAUUUGUAAGAACGCAGGCUUAAUUUGCAGAAUCGCCACACAGCCACCCAAAUAUCCAUUAGGUGUAAGGAGUUGGGCAUAUUCCUCAUGCAUGCAAUAUUCAAACAAAACUCUACUAGACAAAUGUCACUCAUCCAUCUUUUACGUGUCCAACCUUAAACUCUUCCCCCCCUUUAUAAAUUUCCCUCAUCUAUUCUCCGCUUCACAUCUCAUCCGCCGAUCACUACAACAAUGGCUUCCACUUCCUCUCUUCUUCUCAUAACCUUCCUCUGCGCUGCUCUCCUCAAUGGCUCCUCCGCUCUGAUCGAACAGCAACACCAAGACCCGCUAUGGCAGAACCUGCGACAGCCGCAGCAGCACCGCCUCCGCGCCCGGACCGACUGCCGGGUCGAGAGACUCACCGCCCAAGAGCCCACCCUCCGCUUCGACUCUGAGGCCGGCCGGACCGAGUUCUGGGACCGCAACAACCAGCAGUUCGAGUGCGCUGGAGUUGCCGCCGUCAGGAAUUUCAUCCAGCCCAGAGGCCUCUUGCUGCCACACUACAACAAUGCACCUCAGCUCCUCUACGUCGUCCGAGGAAAGGGGCUGCUCGGAGCAGUGAUUCCCGGGUGCGCCGAGACGUUCGAGACUGAGAUGCCACAAGGCGAACACUAUCAGAGCAGCAGAAGCUUCGUGGACCGUCACCAGAAGGUCCGCCAGUUCAGGAAAGGUGACGUUCUGGCCUUGCCGGCUGGGAUUACUCUCUGGUUUUACAACAACGGAGAAGAAAGGCUAGAGACCGUUGCAUUGCUCGACACCGGCAGUGAGAUCAACCAGCUCGAUCACACAUUCAGGAACUUCUUCUUAGCCGGAAAGCCACGAGGCGAAGCACAAAGCUCACAGAGCUACCGUAGCCGGCCAAGGGGAGAGAGCGAAAACGAAAGAAACAACGUUUUCUACCCAUUCGACGAGGAGCUUCUGGCUGAGAUUUUCAACGUGGACAGAGAGACAGCCAGGAAGCUGAAGAGCGAGGAUGACUUCAGAGGCCAAAUCGUGCGAGCUGACAAGUUCAACAUUGUGUUCCCCGGGCAAGAAGAAGAGAGGGAGAGCCGACGCAUCUCCAAUGGAUUCGAGGAAACCUUGUGCAGCGCCAAGCUGAGGCUCAACCUGGACGAGCCAUCAAGGGCCGAUAUAUACAACCCCCGCGGCGGCCGCAUCAGCACCGUCAACAGCCACAAACUCCCCAUCCUCAACUCGCUCCGCCUUAGCGCCGAGAAAGGUGUCCUUCACAGGAACGCGAUAAUUGCGCCACACUGGAAUGUGAACGCCCACUCGGCCAUCUACAUCACGCGAGGGAGUGGCCGAUUCCAAGUGGUGGGGCACAACGGGAGGUCGGUGUUCGACGGCGAGGUGCGUGAGGGGCAGAUGAUCAUAGUGCCACAAAACUUCGUGGUGAUCAAGAAGGCGAGCGACGAGGAGGGACUCGAGUGGAUCUCCUUCAAGACCAACGACAACGCCAUCGUAAGCCCGCUGGCUGGACGCCUCUCGGCGCUCAGAGCGAUGCCGGAGGAGGUGCUGAUGAACGCGUACGACAUCUCGAGGGAGGAAGCCAAGAAUUUGAAGUAUAAGAGAGAUGAAUCGAGGAUCAUGAGCUCCACUUCUAGCAGGCGUUCAUCGAGAUACCCAAGCCGCCCAUGGCCGAUUGACUACGCGUUGGAUGUCAUCAAGUCUAUGAUGUAAACGAACAUAAUUAGAUAUUCCACCAAAGUUACGUAGCCUUUUUAAAUAAUGAGGGCUUCACCUCAAUA